GUCUCUUUUUUAAUUUCUAAACAUAAAAUCAUUAUCUUAAAUAUCCACAAAGCUUUAUUUCCAAAAACAAAUUAAAGUCUAUUAGUCAUCAGAUCAGACGGUUGAAACAAGGUCGGAAUUUCUUGGGAGGGGUUUAUAUUGACAAAGAAGGCAAUUCAUCAGAGUACGGAGGGAAAAGGUUUUGGUCUUUUGAGGGUUUUAGCGUCCUACAAAACCGACAUUGGUUUUGGCUCAAAAGAGCAAUUCACAGAGCUCGUUUUCUAGUGAAGCAAUUUUCCUAAGGAAUGAUGCCCAUUUCUCGCUUCUGUUUCUUUUCCUUCAAACACCGUUCAAAGGAGGCUUUAAAUCUACUCAGGAGGUCUGCCCCAUCUAAGAGAAUUCAGUCUCGAAAUUAUGCAAAUUCAUCGAAACGUGCUAGUGGGAGAACAGAUAUCAGUACUUCAACACCAGUAGAUACACCACCUUCUCCCUCUCGGGGUUCUUUCAUCUUUCCGGCUGCUACUCUACUAGGAUUUGCUGGGUUGGCAGCUUUCAUUCAUUAUAAUGAUGAGAGGAGAGUAGUAACGAAAGGCCAGGAUAACUGCUCGUGUGUAAAUAAUCUCAAGGGACCUAUAAUUGGUGGUCCAUUUACUUUAGAGGACACAGAGAAUCGUACCGUUACUGAGAAAAAUCUUCGCGGCAACUGGGCGGUACUCUAUUUUGGAUAUACUUCCUCUCCUGAUGUUGGACCAGAGCAAGUCCAGAUUAUGGCCAAGGCCAUAAACAUUCUAGAAUCAAGACAUAAUCUCAAAGUUCUACCAGUAUUUGUUACAAUUGAUCCACAACGUGAUACCCCUUCUCAACUGCGUGCCUACCUUAAAGAGUUUGAAUCAAACAUUCUAGGGCUAACAGGACCUGUAACAGCUAUAAGACAGAUGGCUCAGGAAUAUCGUGUUUAUUUCAGAAAGAUUGAAGAAGAUGGGGAUGAUUAUCUCGUUGAGUCUUCCCACAACAUGUAUUUGAUGAGUCCAAACAUGGAAGUUGUGAGAUGCUUUGGUGUAGAGUACAAUGCAGAGGAACUGUCAGAAGCGAUACUAAAGGAGCUCAAGUCAAGAGAACCUCAACUUAAGGACUGAAAGGAUGUAUCUAUUGCACUGGGGAGCAAUAAAUUCUCAGUUAAUGACUGAUUUGUUGUGGUAGCUGAAGAAAAUGGAAGCAUCCAUGAAGCUGGUUUCCAGCAUAACUUUCAACUACAUAACUGGAGUCUGAGAAUGAGUCGGUUAUCUUAGCCAAAGAUAAUCUCAUCAUUUUAUAUAACUGCAUCGUUUUUUCUUUAUAUACAUUGGAGCCAUUACACGGGAUAGAUGCUUCCCAAUUCCCAUGCUUCAAAGAAUUACCAAAGGCCUGGUCUCACGUAGAUUAACUCUGGUUCUCUUCUUUGACUGCAAAAUUUGGCCU